AUGUUAGAACCAUUCAUUCUGGUGCUUCUCGGAUUAUUGGGUUUAUCGGCCGGAAGUAAUGCUCAGCAACUACAAGGGGAUUGCUUGAGAUUGCUGGGAAGUGUGGUAUGUCCAGCAUACCAAUACGCCUACAUAAACCCAUCCAAUCUAUCUCUAGCUUUCCCAUUCUUUGCCUCUGUCGACUCAGUUGCUUCUUUUGAUUCAGCAGCUCUGGCAUACUUCUCGAACCCAUUUCAAUACACCAACACAAAAUUUGGCAACGAACAACUAGGUUGUUCCAAUGCGACCGAUGCGGUAAUCAGAUGGGAGAGAACGGUAUUGUGCUCACAGUGGGUGAACGAGAGAUGGAGUCUAGGUUGUACGGAGCUGUAUAACUCAUCCACUGCAGCUACCUCAAUGAAGAUGGUCUGCCAGUCGACUUGUCUCCAAUUCUCAGCAUCGGAGCAUUCCAUCGUCAACUCAACUACCUAUUGUCCCGGAACUGAUCUCACAUCCGGAUCGAGAGAUGCGACCUUGAUGAAGGACUAUGUGGAUUGCACCAAUUGGACGACUUACGCCACCAAUAAUACUGACACUUGUAUUCGAGGAGAGGAUAACGAAUCCAAUUGUGGUUUUGGAACUUCGACCAGCCAGUUGUGUGAUUUCUGUAAAGGAGACACUCCCGAUGAUUGCUGUUACUCGGGCUCAACCGACAUGUCUGUCUGUGGCUUCACCUUACCCGUUAGGGUCGACGGUACAUCAACAGUCACGCCCAGCUACUCUAUCACUGGUCAGACGAAUAGCAUAACUUCAACCAAUACUGCAGUCAACACUGGUGCGCCAACUGGUACGACAGCCAAUGAUACAGCUGGGACCACGAGUAAACUCACUGGAGGUAGAUUGGCUGGAGUCAUCGUUGGUUCUGUCCUAGGUGGUCUGUUACUCCUCAUAUUCCUUCUUUUCCUGCUGUUAUGCCUUCGCAGGAAGCGAAAUGCAAAGGCAAAUCAGCGAGAUUCGAUCUCAUCAUUUGCAGCAUCACAAGCCAGACCAAAUUCAAACGCAAAUAACGGAGGCGUCUUUGGAUUCUUCGCUUCGGACAGAAACGGUCAUCCUCAAAACACCUCUGAGAAAGGAUUGUUAUCGAGGCGCAGUGACAGCGGGAACGGAAGCGCUCCUCUCACGGAUGGAGACACUGUCUAUUCACCUAGCACUCAUGUGAAAUCGACUGAGGGACUGACAACCGCCGCUGCUGUUGGAGCAGCAGUGGUGGCAGGUGGAGACGCAGCUGCCAGUGGACCUGGUAAUCGUAAUAGUACAGGGACGAUAUUACCUAGAGUGAAGGACGAGAAUCAGAUGGGUGAAAUUUGGAUAGAGCCUGGUAUGGAAGUGUGUGUGCUGUGGCCAUAUGCCGCAACUCUACCCGACGAGCUCGAACUCAAACCUGGAAUGAAACUACGAGUAGUCCGGCUCUUCGACGAUGCAUGGGGAACAGCAGAAGUGAUCGCUGGCGCUAAUGACGGUGGAAGCCCACUAGGGAAACAAGGUGCCUUCCCUAUAGUUUGUGUAUCCGAAGGUAGCUCGCUAGGUAGCAAUAGCUCCAAUAGCUCAUCUUCAAAUUCACAUUGA